AUGGCUGACUCGGCGGUGCGGCGCCUCAACCAGGACCCGUACGACGAACACACAGUAGAUCUGAUACGUCAUCUAUUUCUACCAAAGGAUGGCCAAGAUCCAAAUGACAGGGGUAAGAUGAGCAAAGUACUACGCAUCUUCGAUAACAUCAUUGAAUAUUACCGAACGGAGACUACUGGACCGCUUGACCAGCAUGAUAUCAUAAUAUAUUGCGACGACUCUCGCUACGAGGACCGAGGCAGAAGGGACAGCCUCCGACGGAAACUCUACUACGACACGUCGACAAACACACAUGUGUUGUAUAAGAAAAAGACUUGUCAUGAUGGACUCAUGGAAACCGUCGCUCUUGCGGUGACUUACAACGCCCAAUGGGAAAGUGAGGAGUGGGAUGAGGAACAAAGAGAGGUCGUGUACAACUAUGAAGACAGACCUACUCAGAUACAAAUCUGCCCUUGGUUCAUCGAUUGGAUCAAGAACAAGGAAUACAAAUUGAGCAACGAUGUCAAGAGGUCCAACAUUGGGAGGUACAUUAUCAAAAAAGUCGAGGGAAACCAGUGGUUCAGACAGAUAGAUGCUUUCUCGCUACUCGACAAGGUACUUCUACAUGAGAUGACGCAUGGCAGGUCCGUAUGGGAAGAACAAAAGUUUAUCAAUAACGAAUGGGAAAAUUUUGAAGGCACUCUCGAUGUACGCUACCGCAUACCAUAA